CCAACGCGUCCACCCAUGGUUCUCCAGCAAGUCUCACCUUUCUAUUGUUUCAUUUACCAACUUUCCUCUACCCAAGUCCUGUGAGUGAACUCUCCUAUUUCACUCUUCUGAGUCGCAACACUCACGGACAUUCAUACACAUCAAUAGCUUCUUUUUUUUGACGAGCCAUAAUGUCUCUCCGUACCGAUCGCGUUCGCAUCACCGGCAGCUUCAAG